AAGGUGCACCCCGACAAGCGGCCCGGCGACGCGGCGGCCGCCGCGGACUUCCACGCGCUCAAGCGGGCCUACGACGUGCUGAGCGACCCCGCGCGGCGGAAGCGCUACGACCGCGCCGGAACCGUCGGCGACGACGACGAGGGCUUCGAGGCCGCGUACGAGCGGUACCGCGGCGUCGAGAUCUCCGAGGAGGACAUCGAGGCCUUCGAGAGCGGCUACCACGAGAGCGCCGCGGAGCGCGCGGACGUGCUCGCGUACUGCGAGCGGCACGACGGCGACGUGAGCCGGAUCCUCGAGGCGAUCAUCGGCUCGACGGACGGCGACGCCGACCGCUACGUGGCCAUGCUCGCCAAGGCCUUCAAGGAC